UUUUAACAUCCAAAAAAAGAUAAUGAUGGAUUUUGUGUAUUUUCCCAUGUGUGUUGGAAGACUAUUUAAUGAAGAACAAACCUCAGUUAGCCUAUUACCUGCCAGUAGAAAGUCUGUUUAGUUUAACAUUGGGUCUGCAUUGAAACCCUGCUCAUCUUUUUACGCGGCGGAUUGCAUACAGGAUAUUGGACCAACGUCAUGACGACACUCAACUGCGUAUGCCUGACAGCUCAGCACAGCAGUACACUGUAGACCUGGUAAUUCACCAGCGUAGCGGUCGCAGCCAGGGUUCCAUGGUCUCCGUCUGAAGGAGACUUCGGGAAAUGUGCGGUGUCGAAUUACCUCUUCCGAUAACAGAAGGCCAAGCGCACCUGUAUGCUCAAUGCUGCUGUAGAAACCUGACGUAUCAGAAGCUGUGAUUUCCGGCGCCGUAUUUCAGGCAAGGGGACGGGGGAAUGGUAUACCCCGACUCCCCUCGUCCAUCACACCGUCCUUAAGGAGCGUCUCACAGAAUGCAAUCGAUGAGCAGAAGGGUCGAGAUCCGACCGUGGGCCUCGCUUCUCACCGAGCUUGUUUUCAUCACGACCCUCGCCAUUAGUGCGUGUGUGCCAGAAGGACAAUGUCCCCGCAGUCUGGACUGUGCCCGCGAGGGACGCCACUUCUGCCAGCCGGGCUCCUCGCGCUGCGGGCCGUGUCUGGCACCCCUGACGGAGAGCAAGAGGGGCACAUGUGUGGUGAGGAGACAACAGCACCCUCGCCACCACCUCAACAAGGCCAAGAGCCUCCCUGAACUGGACGAGGAGAUCGACUUCCUGUCCUCUGUCAUCACCAAGCAGCUGAAAUCUGAGUCCAGACACUCAGUCUCCUCCUCUCAGGUCACCUUGCAGCUGAUGGGAUAUUUCAGUUCCCCAUAAGACUCACCACA